GUACGUGGAGGGGGAGAGAUGGUAGGUGGUAGGUGACAGCACUGCAUUCACAAGCAACUUGUUGGUUCAGCGCGCUCCACGGACACUCGGGCAGUAGCCUCUACUCUCCAGGCAGCCUGCGGUGUCGACGCCUCUUUAUCACAGUUCAAGUCACCUUUCAGUGAUAACAAGAUCGUCGAACCAACAAUGGAGGAGAACACUAAGGCUAAGAAAUCUAUAUUUAACCAGGUACUGCUCUGCUGCCUGGCCAACGCUGCUCUCUUAAGUUCAGGCAUGAGCCUGGGGUUCACAGCUGUCGCUCUUCCGUACAUGGUGCAACCUGACAGCAUUCUUCCCAUUGACGAGAUCCAGGGCUCUUGGAUUGCCAGCCUGGCCUCGAUAGCGACACCAGUGGGGUGCUUGCUGAGCGGACAUCUGGUGGACAGGUUCGGGCGGCGUGCAGGACUCCUGGUCAUCGUCGUGCCGAUGGUGAUUGGCUGGCUGCUGAUCGGCGUGAGUCCCUCGCUGACCCGCGUGUACCUGGGCCGCAUCAGCACGGGGGUGGGCACAGGCCUCUGCAGCAUCCCUGCCACAGUGUACACUGCUGAGGUCGUUGAUAGCUCAAUACGAGGGCUUCUAGUCACUGGCACGUCGGUAUCUAUUGCCGUUGGGGUUGUCAUCGUUUACAUUCUCGGUGCCCUGCUGAAGUCACAAUGGCAGUUGGUAGCCCUGAUAUGUGCAGCGUUCCCAACAGUCACCACAGUACUGGUGUACUUCCUGUUGCCUGAGAGUCCAGUCUGGCUCAUCACCAAGAAUCGUCCUCAGGAGGCCACCGCCUCGCUUAUGCGCAUCAACAGAGCUUCUGCACCUGCCCAGAUAAGAGAAGAAAUGGAGAUUCUAACUGAGCGGGUAAGAAGCAACCAGAAACGUUCUCUUGCACUCACUUCUACACUAAAAGCACUGACCAAGCCUGAGGCUUACAAGCCUCUCAUCAUCAUGAAUACCUUCUUCUUCUUCCAACAGUUUACUGGCACUUUUGUUGUCAUCUUUUAUGCGGUAGAUGUGGUGAAGGAGGCAGGAAUUACUGUCGACCCGUUCCUAGUUACGAUUCUGAUCGGAGUGACUCGCCUGGUAUUCACGUUCCUGGCAGCCUACCUGUCGAAGCAGUUCGGAAGGAGGCCUCCCUCUAUCGUUUCAGGAGCAGGCAUGGCGGUCUCUCUGCUCACCCUGGCUACCUAUCUGUACUUGCAUCCUACCCCCUUGGAAGUGGCUCCUCUUCCACUUAUUACCAACAACACAACGAAUCUCCUCAACACUACAGCCUCCCCAACCACUACCAACACCACCCUUAUCACUUCCAAUGAAUCUGUUUCUUACCUUCCCCUCACAAUGCUGAUGCUUUAUAUCCUUACCAGCUCCAUUGGAUUCCUUACCCUCCCUUGGUCCAUGAUCGGUGAAGUCUACCCACCACAAGUUAGAGGGAUUGCAAGUGGCCUUACCACAUGUCUGGCAUAUGGUAGCAGCUUCUUAGUACUAAAGAUGUACCCCUACAUGAAGGAGGUGUUGCACAAACAUGGCGUGUUCUACUUCUUUGGCAUAAUGGCAUGUUUUGGAACACUCUUCGUCAUUCUCUUCCUGCCCGAGACUGAGGGCAAGACUCUUCAAGAGAUUGAAAUGCAGUUCACCAAAAAAGGACGGCAAGCUGUUCUGGCAAAGGAAGAAGUUGCUCUGCACAGCACAAAGAAAGUUACUAUAGUGAAGUCUCCGCAACGGUGAAUAUGAUUUGUACGUAGUUACGAGUCUAUCUGUACGUACAACUUAGUUGAUCUCACUAGAUCUCCAAAACCACCUGUCAGUUUUGAUAUUUUGAUUAGUUAGGUAUAGCUUGGUUGCCAAAGUGUUCAUAUAUUGUGUUCUUAUUUUGUGUACUGUCAGAUAACUAAAAAAGGUAAAUUAGUUCAUUAAAUUGUGAUCUCUGUAUAUAGAAACGCUCUUAUAAAAUGUGACAAGAGCGGUUUAAAAUGUUACUCUUUAUCUGUAUUCUUUUUUGUAAAAUUUACAGAAAUCAAUCUAAACAAUUAACAUGUUUGCUCAUUCAAAGUUUAAAGUUUCUAUAAACUAGAACACUUUGUCAAAAACCAAUUUGAUUAAUAUCUUGUAUCUCUAUUUCGAUUAGAACUCUUAAAGUUGUGAAACAAACAAAAUGACUUGUCAGUAAUAAAUCUAGUAAACCAAAGGAAAAUA